AUGGUGUGCAGUGUUGGCCUUUUCUUGUGGACCCACGCGAACCUGAACCUGGUACGAUACGAGUCAUGGACAUCUACGAGUUUCCUUUCCUGUAAAAAAAUAUCCUUAUCAGAAUGCCCGUACAUGUAGACUCUACACAAGGCUCAAGUCUCGACUCAAGAACUACUCUUAUUGAUCAAGAACACCUGAAGCUGAAGUGAAGGCUGUGCCUGUGUGCACGCAGACCACUCACUGGCGGCCGGUACUAGGCGGUAGACCUCUACAUCAUGGUAUGUUACUUGAUCGUUGACGUUUUGCCAGAUCUGUGGUUGUUUACUUUUCGGAUUGUUUCCGGCAGUCAUCCUCCGCGUUUUCCCCGGCCUCGCUCGACUUCAAGCACAAUACUUGAGCAUGGCUAUCCCAAUGUAGCAGUGAUAAAAAGGGACACGUGCUCUUUUUCAUUCCAGUAAACUUUCAGUCCUUGCACCAGCUCACGUAGCACUUGUCACCGUUGAGGGCUAAGAGAAUUGUGAAAGGAUUACAGUAAGAUGUCUCGUUUGACACCAUCCGCCCUCAAGUUUCAGCUGCCUGAUAUGCGAGCAGAUUCGAAGCAGAAAAAAGCAACAAAGCAGGAUGAGAGUGCAGGCUCAGAGUCGACAACACCGUCGUCAUCAGCACACCAUAGUGCUGAUGGAAGCAUACGAGGUCUCCGUUCCAUGAGUGGCUUGUUGGGUGGUCUAGGCCGACGCAAGGAUCAGACAUCUGAGUUGACGGAUGAAAGUCACCGCUACCUUCAAGAGAAGUUUGAGAGUGCUAAGGAAGAUUUUCAACACCAGACAUCUGAGCUUUUGCGGGAGCUCUCCAAGGUGUAUAGCGAGAAAGAUGCGCUUGAGAAGGAGAGAGAUGAGUUGACCUCGCAACUUUCAAUCUCUACCGUGUCCAGCCGUGUCCACUCCGGAUCCUGCACACCGACGAUACCCAUGUUGUCUGGUUCAGGCUGUGCUGCUAUGGAAGCUUCCCGGGACUGUUUCAGUGCAAACAUCACGGACGUGCAGCGUUUGAGAGCAGAGACGAUCGUACUGUCUCGAGCUCUUGCCAUGUCACGUGGGGAGACCACACUCAGUGAACAACACUCUUCAGAUGAGUCGGAUAAGACACGUAGCAUAUGUUCUCUAAUUGAGGAGAAGCUAGAAGCUGGUCUUCUGCAACUUCAGUCUCAUGUUGGGGAGCAUGUAGCUGCUAAAGGUGAUGCUGAGCGCACACCCUCGCUGUCGCCAUCUUGGAAUGACGCCAAACAAAGCAUGCUCGAUGCACUACUCUCCACUAUGGUUCAGUUCACUGCCCCCAGCUGUGACCGCUCGCAGCAGUCAUCACAAGCAGCGCAAACUGAUAACAUGUCAGCUGCACAGCUGCCUGACGAUAUUGAGCUGAGUGUUCUGGUCAAGGAGCGUGACCUGCUACGUACGGACCUGUUGCAGGUGGUGGCGGAGCGUGAUAAUGCCAAGAAGACCGCACAAGAAGAUCUUGCGAAAUGGAAAAACAAGGCAAGGAGCAAGCAGAGUACACUGGUCAAGGUUCAAGCUGAGAAAGACCAGCUGUACACUCAGUAUAGUAAGUGCUCUGACCGUGUAGCUGAGUUGGAGAGUGAGUGUACGCAAGUGCGUGAUGAGUUGGCAUACAUGCAAAGUCGCCUGCUGACACGCAAUGAUGGCGCUGCUCAAGUCACUGAAGGUCUCCGGGAGGAGAUUGUUGAUCUGCAGGCUCAGUUAGGAGAGGCUAGGCGAUUUGCUGCAGGUUUAGACUCCUCUUUGAUCAAUUCUGGCACUCCUAAUAGGGUUCCUAUGCUGGAGGAAGAAAUUGCUGCUCUGAGCAGAGAGAUUGAGUCCCUGGGUGCCAAACUUACUAGCACUGAGCAAAUUGCUGAAAGCCGUAAGUCCUUGGCUGAUGAACUAGCAGUUGAAAAGCAAUCGCUACUUGAUCAGUUGAAUAUGCAAGCGAACCAACAUAAGGAGUUGCUGGAGAGGAAAGAGCAGGAGAUCCUAUCAUUGCAGGGUACUGUCAGUGAACUUGAACAUCUACAGGAAGCCAUCUCGUCCCUGGAAGCUCUGAAAGAUGAACUUUCCCGAUCUCACAAGGACUGUUUAUCUUUGCAGCAAAAAUUGGAGGAGAACAGGAGAGGCCAUGCCAGUCAAUUGAGUGAAAUGCAGCAAGGCCUAUCUGAUGCUGAGGAUCGAUGUUCUGCGCUCUCUGCUGAGCUGAAUGGUGCAAACGAGACGGUGGAUGAAGCCCGCGCAAAGGUUAUUAUUACCGAGCGCAAAGCUGCCGCAACGCUGAAGGACAUGAAGCAUCAACUUACGCUUGAGUCGAAGCGUGUCAGCCGGCUGCAGCAAGAUCUACAGAUUCUUCUGGCGGAGGAAGAAGCACAAGAAGCAGAGUCUAGUAGCUCACCAGACGCAACCGGUGCGGUUUCAUUGGCAAGAGCACCUGUUGAGAUGAUGAAGAGAAUGACCAGCUUGUCGUCUGCCAAAUUUGAAGACAUGUUAUCUUCAAUUGGCAAUCUAAGUAUGGAGAAUGGAUCUUUUCUGAAAAAGCGCGUAUUGUCUGAUGCGGCACACAGCAGUAACACAAGUUCCCACGUUUCCUCCCCUGACAUCCAGGAGGGGGCAGUAGUAGCACAUGUACCUGUGAAUGACAAGCGCUAUCUCUACAAGAGUUUCUCUGAACUAGAAGCCAUCAUUUGCAAUCUGCAAACUGAGAAACGUGACCUGGGGGAACGUGUCAGUCAUUUGGAACAAAAUGCCGCUGGCAUGGCUGAUGAGUUGGUGGAGAAAUCUGCCAUAAUUCGGUCAUGCCUUGGGUCCCAGACUUCUGUUGGCACAAGUGGAAAGUCCAUGUCUUCUUCCAUUCUCUCUCCAUCCAUGCCUGCCAACCUAUUCAAGAAACUCACUUCCUUUGGAGAAUCGCCAUCAGAUUCACCAACUCACGUGGAUGACUCUGAUAAUGUUGAUCUUCUUCAGCGUCGUGUUGAGGAGGGUAUAAUAAAGGUCACACAUCUUGAGCAGACAGUUGGUGACUUGAUGGCUGAUAACAACAGGCUGCAAGUGGAGAGAAAUCACUUGUUACAGAUUGUCGACUCUAUUGGUCAGUAGCUAUGUUCAGUUGACUUUGCUGCUUUCUCACCCGACCCCAGCUGGCUCUAUAUCGUCACUUUCAAUCACAUUCUGCUGCUUCCACUGGCAUCGACUGAUUUGGAGUCGAUUUGACGCUGCAUUUUCUGUGCAGACUUGACCUAGAAUGUUGAUUGUGCUACUUUUUUAUUUUAUGUUUUUAGUGAAUAUGACUGGAGUAAACAAGGAGACAAAUUGUCAUCAGAUUUUUAGAAACGUUCAAUUCAAAUUUGGAAAUCGUAUUUAUUUGGAUCCAUUUUUUUUAGCUAAGAUGGUCACAUUUUCCACGCAGUCGUACCAAUGGUGCAAUAUGCUUUCACACUCUCUGCAGUUGCUUUGUCAAAAUCAAUGUUUCCCAAGCACACACUACAAGUCAUGUAAUAAUUAUGCUUUCGAUCUCA